AUGGGUGUGAAACUUUAUUUGGAAGUAAGAAGAAAUGAGCCUAGAAUCGGCAUGUAUCCGAUAUGUAUUGAUACAACUGAGAAAAUGGUUGGAGAGAUACAUAACUUUGAUUGUUCAUCCGGUGAAAUCAUAUGCGUUGAAGGUACAGAAAGAGAUACUGAAGCUCUUGCUCUGGUCGAAUCGAGAAUUUGUGAUUUAGAUUAUAUUCCAGAACUGAAUGCUACAAAUUACAUAACUGAUUCCAAUAGUACUGAUGUGAAGACAGGCCAGUUGUAUAAGGAUAAAGGAACAUUCAUCGCUGUAAUGGCGAAAUAUAAAAUAAAGAACAACUUCAAUUUCAGAGUGAAAAGAUCAGAUAAAAAAAGCUAUGUGUUAGUUUGCUUCAGUGAUGAAUGUGGGUGGACUUUAAGGUCUUCGUGCAGAAAGAAAUCUGAUGUAUUCAAAUGGUGUGACUGCCCCAAGUUGUUUAAUCAUAAACGAAUUCAUACGCCGCAAGAUGUAAUUGAAGAAAUUCGAGCAAUAUAUGGGGUUGAAAUAUCAUACCAGCAAGCAUGGCGUGCUAAGGAACGUGCACUGGAAAUGUUAAAGGGUAAACCAUCAGAAGGAUAUAAGCAGAUGCCAAGAUACAUAUGGAUGCUAAAUAAUGUGUAUCCAAAUUCAUAUAUAAGGAUGCAAAAGACGGAAAAUAAUCAAUUCAUGUAUCUUUUCAUAGCACUACGGCCAUUGAUAAGAGGGUUUGACUAUUGCAGACCAGUAGUUGUAGUGGAUGCUGCACAUCUUGGCGGGGCUUACAAAGGUACUUUUGUAUCAGCGAGCACACUCGAUGGUGCAGACACUGAAAAUGACUGUUCGUGGACAUGGUUCUUCGAACAAUUCAAAAAUGCAUUUGGCGAGCGUGAAAACAUGUGUAUUGUAUCUGAUAGAAAUGAAAGUAUUAUGAAGAGUGUAAGCAUUGUGUUCCCAAAUGUACCUCAUUGUGCAUGCAUAUGGCAUCUUUGGAAAAAUGUAUGUUCAAACUUCAAAAGGAGUAAAAACACACUAAGUGAUAUAUUUUACUCAAUGGCAAAGGAAUACAGAAAGGAAGAUUUUGAUAAAUUAAUGGCUAAGGUGGUGAAAGUUGAUCAUAGGGUGAAGGAUUACCUUGAGGAUGUUGGGUAUGAGAAGUGGUCAAGAGUUCAUUCAACAGUAAACAGAGGUAGAAUGAUGACUUCGAACAUCGCAGAGUGUAUCAAUGGUUGCCUUGUUGAUGCACGUCGGUUAACUAUAAUAGACUUCUUGGAGGAAGCUAGACUUCUAUUUGGUAGUUGGAACUAUAAAAUUAGAGAAAUAGCGUCAUAUACAAAGGACACAUUGGGCCGAAGAUUUGAGGAGGUAUUGAUUGUAAACGCAUCUAAAAGUUCAAACAUGAAGGUAUUUAUCAAUAUCCCUAUAUUUCUGUUUGAUGUAUCAGCAGCUCUGAUUUGCAUUGUAUCCUACAGUAAAGUUGUCCCAUCGUCUGAGUAUAUUUUUUCAGUUUAUCAAGCCGGAAGAAGAUACAUUGUAUACCUUGAGCGGAAAAUAUGUACGUGUGGAAGAUUUCAAUAUGAUGAGAUACCUUGCGAACACGCAAUUACAGUUUUGAAGCACAAGAAUGUUACGGAUAUGCAUCCAUAUUGCUCUGAUUACUACAAGCCGGAUGCAUUAGAAAAAACCUACGAGGUUGCAAUGGUUCCAAUGCCAGAUAAAGAGGAUUGGACCGUUCCAGACUAUGUUUUAGAUGAAAUUAUCUUGCCACCUAGGUACAGAAGGUUGGCUGGACGACCAAGGAAUCGAAGAAAGAAAAACGCGGAUGAGAAGAUAACAGUGAACAAGAAUUCUUGUGGGCAAUGUGGACAAGAAGGUCACAACAGGAGGACUUGUACUUUCUUCCCGAAAGAGAAUUGA